AUAAUGGCAAUGGUGUUGCUGCUGCUAUUGCUAUGCUGCCUGAUGACUUUAGAUUGUGGGGCUACCGGUGAGCUGUCCAAUAAGACCUAUUUUGUGAAUAGUGCUGUGUGUAAAAUGCCUUAUGUGGAGCCCUUUACGGAAGAUGUGCUGAAAAUCAUGACGCCCAAGAAAUUAGAGAAAUGUCGUUCUGACAGCGACAUAAUUAUAGCCGAAUACGAUUUCGAUCUGAAAGUGUACCGCUUGCACAUCAGAGAGGAACAGGCCGUGUCAUGGUAUAAGCGAAAUACGACGCUGGAAUGUAAAUACGAAAAAAUUGUGAGAGAUUUGAAAAACAAGCAGGUAGACAAUAGUUUUCGUGUACUAUAUAGACGCACGCUGACGCAGGAUUUCCUUGUACCACCGGACCUUCACUAUGCGCUAGUCCAUUGUGCCGUGGUCAAUGGAAAGGAGAAGCGAGUCAUACAAUCGGAUGGCAUUGCCUUCGUGCAGGACUAUGACGGCAGGAGCAGUGAGGAGCUGCCGGAAAAGAUAGAGGAGCACCCAAAGCCAAGUGUGCUCAUAUUUGGAAUCGAUGCCAUGUCUCGAAUCAAUCUGCGUCGCACCAUGCACAAAACAUUCAAAUAUUUGCAGCAACCUGGCUGGUAUACGCUCCAAGGUCUCAAUAAGGUCGGCGAUAACACUCUGCCCAAUCUGUUGGCCAUGCUAACGGGUUACUCCGCCGAGGAUACGGACAAAAUAUGCGAUGUUCGCAAGCUUGGAUGCUUCGAUAAACUACCGUUCAUUUGGAAACGCUUCAAGGAUCAGAAUUAUACAACAGCCAUGGCCGAGGAUAAGAUGAGUAUAAGUACGUUUAACUAUUUGAUGCCGGGAUUUAUAGAACAGCCCGUCGACUACUAUUUGCGACCUCUACUUCUGGCCAUGGAGAAAACGUUCAAUGAGAGCAAAUUCUUCGAUAAAAAUCUGUGUCUGGGACGUCAUCUGACCUUUGCCUAUCUGUGGGACUUUGCCAAGCAAUUCAUUCAACGCUUUAUACGUACGGCGAAACCGAUGUUUGGCUUAUUUUGGACAAAUAGCUUCUCGCACGACUAUUUUGACAUGACCUUCGCCCUAGACGACCUAUUCGUUGAGUAUUUCAAGCAGUUCGAAGGAGAUGGCCUAUUCAAUCGUUCGAUUGUCAUACUGACAAGCGAUCAUGGCAUGCGUUACGGCUAUUUGAGACAGAUUACAACUGGGUAUUUGGAGGAGCGUAUGCCCAUGUUUUACAUUUAUUUGCCGCCUUGGUUUCGGCGCAAAUAUCCGCAUCAUGUUGGCAAUUUGGUAAAGAAUCGUAAUCGCUUGAGCUCGACCUUCGAUAUCUACAUGACGCUGCAGCAUUUGCUGCAACUCAAUAGCACCAAGAAUGCGGACAUUCAGCCGAUGUCAGCGACAUGUCCCACCUGCCAAUCGUUGUUCUAUAGGCUGCCUGUGAACAGGACCUGCGAACAGGCGGGCAUCACAGAGAAAUGGUGCACGUGCCAUCCCAGAGUGACUGUUACCAUGGAACCCUAUGCGAGGUCAAUGGCCUUGGCGAUAAUUCGGCAAAUGAACGAUGAUUUGGUCAAGAAAAACCUAUCGGAUCUUUGUGCCAACUUUACGUUAACUAAUAUCAUAUAUUUAGAUCAUAUUAUUGAAUUGAACCGAAAUGCUACUGCCGAUGAUAGCGAACAAUAUUACGUAAUUGAAUUUUCAACGGCACCAAAUAUUGGGAUAUUUGAAGUAACAUUCUCCUGGAUUAAUCGCACAGCUACCUUGAAUAUGGACAUCAACGAAAUAAGUCGCUUAUCUAUUUAUGCCCCGGACUCGGAAUGUGUAUCAGAUCCGAUUUCUAAAAAAUUUUGCAUGUGCAAGAAUGCGAUAAGAAUAAAUUGACUCAGAGCUGGGACUCCUAACUGAACUUGAAAUGUAAUAAAAGCAAAAGUUUUGUU